GCCCUACAGAUGAGAACUGUUACUUUAAUCCCUGGCGAUGGUAUCGGGCCAGAGAUCUCCGCGACUGUCAUGAAGAUGUUUCAAGCAGCUAAAGCGCCCAUUCAAUGGGAAGAAAGAACAGUUACAGCUGUUCAGGAACCAGGUGGAAAGUGGAUGGUUCCUCCUGAUGCUAAUCAGUCAAUGGACAAAACUAAAACUGGCCUGAAAGGUCCUUUGAAAACACCGGUAGCGGCAGGCCAUCCCUCCAUGAACCUGCUUCUGAGGAAGACAUUUGACCUCUAUCAGGCCCGUAUUAAGACAAUGUGGUGCCCCUGGGCACUAUACCUCAUAAUCCGGCCCUGCCUCUAUGGUAAUGUGCGUCCCUGUGUGUCCAUCAAGGGUUACGACACACCAUAUACCCACGUGAACCUGGUCACCAUCAGGGAGAACACAGAGGGUGAGUACAGUGGGAUUGAACAUGUGAUUGUUGAUGGGGUUGUGCAGAGUAUUAAGCUCAUCACAGAGCGAGCCAGCCAGCGCAUCGCAGAGUAUGCCUUAGAAUAUGCAAGAAACAAUCAGAGGGCCAGCGUCACUGCUGUUCAUAUGGCUAAUAUCAUGCGUAUGUCAGAUGGACUUUUCCUGCGAAAGUGCAGAAAGGCCGCAGAGAAGUACAAAGAUAUCAAAUUCAAUGAGAUGUAGCUGGACACUGUGCCUUAA